AUGAAGAUCCUGACGUGCCCAGCUCAGCUGCAGCGCUUGGAGGGGAUCCUGAGGAAGAGCCUGCCCCUCGCCCUGCCGGUCUUUGGGGCAGUGCUGAACAUCAACCGGGGUAACCCUGGCCAGUAUGAAGUGCUGGUGGACAAGUGGCCCGAAUUCGGCGCUGUGCUGGCCCGGCCCAGUGGAGAGGUGCCGGUGAAUGAUGGCUACUGGAACACGCAGGCAGCGUUUUACCGGGACCUGGAGGCGUACCGGGCGCUGCUGGAGACCCCCGGGUGCCUGCCCUGGAACGCCGCCUUCACCCUCAUUGCGAUACAGGAUGGGGCGACCAGGGUGUCCCAGGAUCUGGCAGGAAGGAAGGGUGUGGAGCUGGACAUUGUCGAGUACUACUCCUACUGGCAUCCUGACCCCAGCACCAUGCCCAAGCCCCGGCCAGCCCCCGGAGUGCGCUUGGGCUCCCUGAGCCCCUCACACGCGGACCUGCUCAACGACACGUGGCCCUACGGGGGGAACGCCCGCAGCCGGCGCUACCUGGCCGAGCUUUUGGAGCGCUUCCCUCAAGUCUGCCUGCAGGACAGCAGCGGGCAGCCCGUGGCCUGGGUGCUGACGGAUCAUUUCGGGACGGGCACCCACAGCUACACCCUGCCCGAGCACCGGCGGCACGGCCACAUGCAGGUGGCACUGACGGUGGCGGCGCAGCGGGCGCACGCCCGCGGGUUCCCCACGUUCGGGCACACGGCGCUGCAGAACCGGCCCAUGCAGCAGCUGCAGGAGCUGCUGGGCCACCAGCGCCUGCCCGGGGUCUGCUGCUACAUCCUGCACAAUCCCAGCCUGGACAAGGACGGGCCCUGA